CUUAACUAGCUCUCUGUGGCUGCUGCUGUGGCGUUUACUUGAUGGCGGCGUCACCCCCUCGUGCGAAGUGGCUUUGAUGUUGUAAUUGUGCUUAUUGUAGUGUAGUGAUAUGAGAAUCUGUUUGAUUGGUGACUACUACUGUUGAUGACCAUGUUUAAACUGAUACUAGUACCGACUAGAGUAUCCAAACACUGAGAGCAAGAAGAGAGAUAGAGAUAAAAGAAGAAAAGCGACUAACUGAAACCGCUGAUCUGAUCUGACCCACCGCUAAUUAAUCUCUACCGCUGCUGCUGAGUUGAGUUGAGUUGAGUUGAGUUGUCUACUCAGUCGGAGUGAAUUGAAGUGAAGUGAAACCAUAAAAGUGGCCUGUUGUUUUCCUUUGGAUGAAAUAAACUGUACUAUGACACAUAACUGCUGAGCUUUGAAAUCAAUCCAACCGUCUGCUGGACUGUCCUCUGUAUUAACGUCAUCAUCACUAUGAGUAUCCUAGUAACUGGAUUUGGUCCGUUCGGAGACAUGAAAGAGAACCCGAGCUGGGUGGCUGUUCGGCAGCUGAGUGGGGCAUCAAUCAAUGGCUUCAAAAUAGACACCCACAUGUUCCAGGUGUCCUAUGACGAAGUGGACUCCUUUGUAGACUCCAUCAGCCACAACGACGACUACGAAUUUUUCCUGCAUGUUGGGGUGAGCAGCGAAGCGAGCAAUGUAGUGUUAGAGCAGAUAGCGUGCUGUGGAGGCUACAAGAAGCCAGAUGUGUUCAACAAACUGCCCCAGACAGAGUCGUUCCGCAGUGAGUCGUCCCCCGCCCCGGUGGAGAAUCUAUCAAUGUGUACUGCUUUCGAUCUAGAAAUGUGCAAAGCCCAGCUGCAUGCAAUAGGAGUGCCCGCAUCCACGUCCAGUGAAGCUGGAAGAUACCUGUGCGAAUAUCUUUACUACCGCAGUAUGUGUCGCAAUGGAGGAAAGGUAUUGUUUGUUCACGUGCCCAUGAGUGACGUCACUCCAACUGAGGAGACGACGAAGAUCCUAAAGGAAAUUAUCAAAAUAUGCCUUCAGCAGAUAUAUCCCUACCAUGGCUGACUUACUUCAUCCGCCGAUCCCCUCCUUCCCAAGUGCUAUGCUUUGACCAAAUGAAACCUAACUGUGCUAUGAUAAAGUGUCUCUUAAAUGUGUACAAUUUCUAUUUCAAAAUAAUCCUGAAACAAAUGACGGUGCGUAAGUGAAGCUGUCGUGAAAGAAGUUUGUAAUUUGUUUUUAUACCUUGCUAAAACUCAAUCUUUAAAAAACUGUUCUCUCCCAAACUCUGAAUCUCAAAUAUAAUCAGUGGAAUUUGCUGUUAUUAGUUUACCGCUGUAAGUUGGCUGUAAUUGGCAUAGGAUUGGAGCCAACGAGGUUUCGCAAGAAUGAUUGAAACAUCGGGUUGUAAUUUGUUAAUGUGUUACUCUGAAGAAUCAUUUUAAAAACCAUGCUGUUCAUCGAUUGUCGGAUCAUCCUACGACAAUUUUAGAUAGUCGAGAUCUUUUUUAUCUCUAACUCCUAUCCUCAAGGGCUAAUAUUUGCUUUUUUCAUUCCAGGAUGAAAAAUUAGUUUAUUAGAUCACGGGACUUUUAUAUUUUUCACCAGCCGUAGCUAGUUCAAUCGUAAAAUUAAUAGGGAAUUUUUCAUAGUAUUGUUCGUUUUUCAAGGCAGAACAAGUUAUGCAUGCACUCGCUUUGAAUCCAGACUAAAGAAUGAAUUAUAAACAGCAGCCCUGGAAGAAUAUUUCAAUUUUCUCCAAAAAUGGUAGCCUUGAAAAAAAGUUGUUUGGUCAAUUUUUUUUGAAAUUUUUAAGGGAAAAGGUUUAGUUCCUGGAGUAGAGACGAUUUGAGUUAUUAGUUUAUUGUACAGGUUUUAAAAAAAACAGUCGACUUUUAUCUUAAGUCUUUAGCAGAAAGUGUUCCGACCACAGUGUUUAGAAAACUACGGUUUAGAAUUUUUUUCAAAUUAGUGUAGUUUUUUCUGCCGUAAAAAAUUUAGGCAUAUUAGACACUCAUAGUAAUAUAGGCAAAUUGGACAAAAUUUUUCUGUAGAAAAAUGAUUAAAAAACAAAAAAAAAUUAAAAAAAUUUUUCAUAAAUUUUGGUGGCAGAAAAUUGUUGACUUUUUGAAGUUUUUGGUUGAAGCUAAAAAGCUCAAAAAAGUUUUACUUGCUUAAAAUUAAGAUCUUAAAGAUUCGAGAUUUUCAGAUCUUAAGUUAGGCAAAUUCAGCUGUUGCAAGCCUGCUGUUGCUGUAUUCCAGGGGCAGGGAAACAAUUAAUGGGGCCCUUCCAAUCAAUUAUGGACUGCUUCAAUUAUUUAAUUGGAAUUUACCAGUCUAUCAAUUAAUUAAUUGCAAAAAUUGAACUUUUACCGAAAUGUGAAAAGUAAAUGGGCAUAAAUUAAUUUCGAACUUGAUUAGAUAAAAAACUAAGAGCGUUCCAGUUUUUUCAUAGUUUCUCUCCUCCAUAAGUUUUUGUUGAUCUUUAAGAACAUUCGGGGCUGCGAGGUUCAUUGGCAGUAGAGAUUAUAGCAGGUUAUGAAACAAUAGCCCGAUGAACUAAAACUAAAAAACCGUUCAGCGAGAUAAGAUGUCGGCAGAAUGAAACGAGAAUCACAAUAUUUUUCUUUUGGACUCUAUUUCGUCGCUAUCCUGAAUCUUGAUCAACCCACUCUCAAAAAAAGGGCAGUGGACAAUUUCGUCAUCUUGACAAAUACUUUGCCAUUUCUGGAUACAAAGAAAUAACACCAUCAAAAUGUGAGAAUUUUAAGAGUUUUUAUUGCAAUGGGCUUUAAAGAACUAUAACGCCUCGCAAGUGG